AUGCUAGAUGGCCUCUUGAGCCGGACCAAAGGGCUUUACUUCGAGUCCGAGCUUGUCUUUCGAGGAGCCCUGCAGCCCGUCUCGGACUUCUUUCAGGACUUCUUCCACCAGGAUACACCCUCUAUCCGCUUCACCGCUUGGCUGGAUGGGUUCCGCGACUAUGCCUUCCCUCCAACCCCCCCUUCCUUCGUACUGAGUGGCUCUCUAGACCAUGUUUCGGUCAACGUGCUGGACGUCCUGAAGUUUCGACAAAUUGGUAUUGAGCUCAACGGAUAUCAGACAUACAAUCUUUCUGAUAGAGGAAGAAGCACCUGGGAAUUAGGCUAUGGCUUUUUCGGAAAGCUGGAUCUCAGCGUUCCUGGUACUGUUAUUCCCCUACAGGUUGAGUACUAUCUCCGCAAAACAAUUCACUCUUGGCGUUUGCAACUUCGCCUCAAGGACGAUGAAUGGAACGACGUUUUUGGCAUCAAGGGCUUGAAGCUGUUCGACGUUGCCUUAGAGGCUGAGAUCCAGACUUCCGCCGAGAAGAAAACAUUCUCGGUGGGAAUCGAGGCAAAUUUGGAACUGAGGAAGACAAAAAUCGGUGUUCACGGUUACUACUCAAAAGAUUUCUAUUCCCUCGAAGCGUAUAUUGGCGAUUUGACGUUGCACGAUGUCGGCGAGAUCUUCCACGAGCUGAUCGGAACAGAGAUUGACUCAUUUUCCCACGAUGUUGCGCUGAGCUCCAUGCGUCUAUGCGUUUCAUCGAACGGAUUUGCGCUUCGAGGAGAGGUGACCGUCAAUGGCCAUACAUCCACCAGCGGUUGCCUAGAGUUUUCGCGAGAUGGUAUCGUUGUUCAAGGUAGUGUUGGAGACAUCGAGUUCGAGCAUGUUCAGAUCAAGGCCGCCUCGCUAGACGUCUUCAUUGCCAGCAAGCUCGACACGCAGUGCGCUCGAGCGUCUAAGGUCGAUAUAUUCGGGCACGUCAACAUUCACGGUGUAGAGCUCAAGGCUGCGCUGCACACCGAGAAGACCUCGGAGGGUGACUUUCGCUGGACCAUUUAUGGCGAGGUCGAAGGCGAUGUCACGACAAGCAACAUUGUUCCCGACCUGAAAGGAACUUUCCUGGAUAUCUCACUGAACCGGUUGGCCUUGAUAGCGUCUAACCACGAGGCUCCAUUGGGCUCCUACAAAGGAAUCAACUAUCCGGUCGCCAAAGGCUUUCAAUUCUGCGCCAUUAUUGACAGCAUUCCCGAGCUCGAGAAGCUCAUGCGCGGCAGCGUUAAGGGCAUGGUGUUUCGCGCUGCUCUAGUUGAUGGGCAAUUUGCCCUGAGCGUGAUCUUCCCCUCAGACCGCACCAUAACCUUCGGCGAGCACGUCUACACUGGUCCUCUCGCGAUCGAGAUUACAAAGACGGAUUUCGAGUUCCAGAUGAUUCUCAAAGCCCUCCUCAACGUCAAAGUUGAAACGCAACCCAAGCCUCUCCAGUUCUCCCUAGGCCUCAAAGCAAGUUAUUCCGGCGCAGCUGCAUAUGCGCAGAUGUUGACAGACUGGACAAACCCAUGUGAUAUCGGCAAAAAGAUAAAUGUUCGGGGAUGCGCCCUUGAUUUCGGCAUUGUCUAUUCUACCUUCUUCACGACAGGUAUGCCGGGCUCUAUCGGUCUAGCGGGGCAAAUCAUGAUCGGAAAGAAAGAGGCCAAGCUCGCAAUGAAGCUCAGCCAAAACCCUAAGGAACAGAUCCUUGUAGCAGUCGUGAAAGACCUGGGCGUCGUCGAUCUUGUCAAAUUCGCUUCCCAGAUCUGCGAGUAUCAGUUUCCGGAGCCAGAUGGCUUCUUGCACUUCAAUGACUUUCAGUUGUACCUCUCCACUGGCGCCUCUAUUGGCGAGACAUACUAUGCACCAGGUGUGUCUCUCAAGGGCGAUAUGACUAUUUUCGGCAAGAGGGCCAAGUUCGACUGUACGAUCGGCACAAUGGUCAAGAUCAUGGCCACAAUCGAGCACUUUGAGCUGGGACCGGUCAAGGUCAGAGGAGCCAUCGGCGAAGACCCCAUCGUGGAUAUCGAGCUGUCAUCGUCAACACAAAAGGUCCUCAUCGAUGGUGCUGUAGACCUCUGGGGAUUGUCAGCCGCGCUGCACCUUGAGGCUCAGGCAUAUCCUAAGUCGAAAUUUGAUUUCUGGGUUGAUGUGUCGCUGUCAGACUGGUUCAAGUUCAAGCUCAAAGCCAAACUGACCGGCGAUGUCGACUUCAAAGAUCUUUCAUCACUCAAAAACGCCGAUUUUUCAAUCUAUGGCCUAAUGGAGCAACACAUACUUGAUAACAUAACUGAGAUGCUCGAUAAGCAGGUUAACUCGCUGGGCAAUUACGCAGACCUUGGCGAUGCUAGGAGGAUUUUGUCGGGCAGGGAGAAAGAGUUCAAAGCGACCGUCGAAUCGGCUCGCAUCCGCCUCGAUGAAACCAGGCAGAGGUGGGAGGCUAAGGAACAAGAAAUCGUUUCGACGCUGGAUCGUGCCCAGUCUGGGGCAAAAAGCUACAAGCAGCAGCUCGAGAGCAAUGCAGCGACGGCAGAACUACAGUACGCCAAUGUCGUAGUUGCUGCCAUGGCAAAUCUCGAUCAAGCUCGUCACGACGCGGCUGUUGCUACUCACCUCGCCGAGACGAGCCUUCAGGAGACACAGGCUCGGAGCGAGAAGAAAGUUCGCCGGGCACAGAGUGGUCUCAAUGAAAAGCGCAAUGCCUUCAAAUUGAGUUUUGGUAGCGCUCGCUCUGAUUUAGAACAGACAAGGAAGAGCUUGGGCGAAGCUGUCGCUGCGGUUGAUCAAAUUUCACAGGAUCUGGAUGACAUUGACCACCGUCUCAAGGAAGCAUCUCUUGUGGACAUGCCGGUUCUGUUGGCAGAGAAAGCCACCAAGUUAGCCGAGCAAUCAGCUACAUCCGCAGCUCUAGAAGCUGUACGGGCCGUCUUCAUAGCUGUACAGCUGGUCAUUCAGGGGUCAGAGUUCAUUGCUGCGGAAGCCGCGAUUGCUACUGAUACAGUUUCAUUGAGCAAUCUGGUGAAGUCUGAGGCUGCGGCAACGGAAAUUUCUAGGGCCGCCUUUGAAGAACUUAAGAUGCAACAAGAGAAGAUAGUGCGGUCCGCAGCCCGAGCCUUGGAAGACACGAAAAGGUCCUCAACUGAGCUGAAUGCCUCUGCGCAAGCAAAAACCGCACUCGCAGAAAGCCAAAAGACUAUGGAGGCCAUGGUCUCUCCCGCGAAGAAGGCGUUCGCCGACAGGCGCAAGUGCGCUGAGUACCUGGCAUUUAUCAGAGCUGAGAAGGCCUUCGAAGCAGCUCUGAAACACAGGGCGGAAAUUGAGUUGGCCUUACAGGCCUGCGAACUUGCCCAGCAGGACUCUUCGAGCUUUGCCGACGACAUUAUGAGUGUCGGGUCGAACAUCGGCAAGUGGAUUGCAAGCAUCACUGUGGAUCUAAUCAAUAUCACCAAGAUCGAGUUCUCAGGAUCUAUUUCGAGCCUCGUUGCGAACGGUCCUCCCCUGAUCGUCAACGUGAAGGGCAAGCUGCUUGACCAGAAUAUUGACCUCAAAAUUGAGUGGCAAUCUCACUUUGACCCGACCAAAUUCAUCCAGGCUAUCUUCAGCGAUCUGUGGGAAAUAAUCAAGGCCGCUGCCAGCACAUUCCUCGAGGAGAUCGGUGUCAAGAUUGUGGAGAUUAGUGAAGAAAUCGCUGGGACUGUCGUCGAAAUUGCAGAAGACAUCAAGGAGGAUGUUGGGAAGGCCUCUGAAGCGAUUGAUGGUGUUGUCAGCGACGCUGGCUCCGCGUUGGAUGGUGCUGGCAGUGCCGUCGGCCGCGCAGCUGACGACGUUGUAUCGGCGGUUGACCAUGCUAUGGACGACGUUGGUAGUGCAGUCGAUCACGCAGCUGAUGAUGUUGUGUUGGCGAUUGACCACACUGUCGACGAUGUCGGAACGGCAUUCAACGAUGCUGGCAGCGUUGUCGUCCACGUAGCCGAUGACGUUGUGUCGGUGGCCGACCAUGCCGUGGACGAUAUUGGAAGUGCCUUCAAUGAUCCAGGCAAUGCGGUCGUGGGUGUAGCGAACGAUAUUGGAGCAACUUUCAAUAACGCGGGUAAUGCAAUAUCGGACUUUUUUGGUUUCUAG